AGCGCGCGCGCGGCCCUGGGUUCCGGCCGUGGAGGCCGCGGGAGCACCUGGACCUGGCCUGCCUGCCGGGACCCCGUCCGGCCCCUGCCAGGCCUCCGCCGCGGCCCCCGCCCCGGCCCCAGCGGGGGAGGGGGUCUCUGAGAGCGGCCCCUCCCCCCUGCGCCCCCAACUGCGUUGCGGUGCCCUCACCCCGCGUGUCCCUGUCUGUUCGUUCCCAGGCCUCGCCCCACCGCGGCCACCGGGGCUUCCUGGCCGCCCCUACCCCCACUGCAGCCGACCCCUUCACUACGGGCCAGCCCCCGCUGCAGUCCGAGAAGCAAGUCGGUAGCCGCCACCACAGACCCAGAGCCUGCACCUCGACAUCGGGGGCCUGCACCCCAAGACUGGAUCAAGAGAUAUGGAGACCCUGGAACCCUGAUGGGGCUGGGACCCCAAGACCUGGAGUCUGAACACCAAUAUCUGGGGCUAGAAUCUCAAUAUCAGUCCCUGGGACCCCAAUAUUUGGAACCUGAGCCCCAAGAGUUGGAAUAUGAAUCCCAAGAUUUGGAGCCUGAGCCUCAAGAUUUGGCAUCUAGAAUCCCCAAUCUGGAGCUGAACUCUGAAUUCUGAGCCCCGGACCUUGAAAUCUGGGAUGGGAUUCCCAUGCCUAUAUCCUGGGUCCACUGUUUGGGACCUGAACCCUGAGAUUUAAGCCUCAAAUUUCAAAAUCUGAACCCUGGCAUUCCAAGGGGCCUAAACCUGAGUUCCAGCCUGAAGUUCUUGCUGCAAACCUGAAUGCUGGAAUUUUGGACUAAAGACAUCCAAACUUGACUUAGCACCCCAAUGACUAACUCCAGCACCGCAGUACCAGAUCGCAGGACUGGGCUUAGGACUGACCCUAAACUCUCCAUUUGGCUCUUUAGCAUCCCCAAACUGGAGCUGAGCAUCCCUGACUCUGAACAGCCCAAAAAGGUGCUUGGGUCUCUAAAAGUGGACCUUAGAAGCCCAAUAUUUGGGAAUCUUGGACUCCACGUAUCAAGGUCUAGAGACUCCAUGACCACAUAUCUAAGCUGAGACACUACAAACAGGGGCAGGGAAGGCAUGACCCAGCACCCCUGACCCUUGACCCCCUUGGAGCCUGAGGACUCUGCUCCCUGGGGCAGCUUCUAGCUCAGGCCACCCCUGCCCGAGAUGGCCGUCCUUCCACUGCUCCUUUGCCUGCUACCGCUGGCCCCUGCCUCAUCUCCACCCCAACUAGCCACACCCAGCCUGUGUCCCCGCCGCUGCCACUGCCAGACACAGUCACUGCCCCUAAGUGUGCUGUGCCCAGGGGCAGGCCUUCUGUUUGUGCCACCCUCACUAGACCGCCGGGCAGCUGAGCUGCGCCUAGCAGACAACUUCAUUGCAGCUGUGCGCCGCCGUGACCUGGCCAACAUGACAGGCCUGUUGCAUCUGAGCUUGUCACGUAAUACCAUCCGCCACGUGGCAGCUGGCGCCUUUGCUGAUCUUCGUGCCCUCCGUGCCCUGCAUCUAGAUGGUAACCGGCUAACUUCACUGGGUGAGGGUCAGUUGCGUGGCCUGGUCAAUUUGCGCCAUCUCAUCCUGAGUAACAACCAGUUGGCAGCCCUGGCGGCUGGUGCCCUGGAUGACUGUGCUGAGACACUUGAGGACCUCGACCUCUCCUACAACAACCUGGAACAGCUGCCCUGGGAGGCUUUGGGCCGCCUGGGCAACGUCAAUACACUGGGCCUCGACCACAACCUGCUGGCUUCUGUGCCUGCCGGCGCCUUUUCCCGCCUACACAAGUUGGCACGACUGGACAUGACCUCCAACCGCCUGACCACCAUCCCACCUGACCCACUCUUCUCCCGCCUACCACUGCUAGCCAGGCCCCGAGGCUCACCUGCCUCUGCCCUGGUGCUGGCCUUUGGUGGGAACCCGCUGCACUGCAACUGUGAGCUGGUGUGGCUGCGGCGGCUGGCAAGGGAGGACGACCUUGAAGCCUGUGCCUCCCCACCUGCUCUGGGUGGCCGCUACUUCUGGGCCGUGGGUGAGGAGGAGUUCGUGUGCGAGCCACCUGUAGUGACUCACCGAUCACCACCCCUGGCAGUGCCUGCUGGUCGGCCAGCUGCCCUGCGCUGUCGGGCAGUAGGGGACCCUGAGCCCCGUGUGCGUUGGGUGUCACCCCAGGGCCGGCUGCUGGGAAACUCAAGCCGUGCUCGCGCCUUCCCUAAUGGGACACUGGAGCUGCUGGUCACUGAGCCAGGUGAUGGCGGCAUCUUCACCUGCAUUGCAGCCAAUGCAGCUGGUGAGGCCACGGCUGCUGUUGAGCUAACUGUGGGUCCCCCACCACCCCCUCAGCUAGCCAACAGCACCAGCUGUGACCCCCCGCGGGACGGGGAUCCUGAUGUCCUUACCCCACCUUCUGCCGCCUCUGCCUCCGCCUCCGCCUCUGCUUCUGCCAAGGCAGCUGACGCUGGGCCCCCUACCGACCGUGGUGUCCAGGUGACUGAGCAUGGGGCUACAGCUGCUCUUGUCCAGUGGCCAGAUCAGCAGCCUAUCCCAGGCAUUCGCAUGUACCAGAUCCAGUACAACAGCUCAGCUGAUGACACCCUCGUCUACAGGAUGAUCUCAGCUGACAGCCACUCCUUCCUGUUGACCGACCUGGCACCAGGCCGCACCUAUGAUCUGUGUGUGCUAGCAGUGUUUGAGGACAGCGCCACGGGGCUGACAGCCACACGACCUGUGGGCUGUGCUCACUUCUCCACAGAGCCUGCACUGCACCCCUGCGGGGCCCCGCAUGCACCAUUUCUGGGCGGCACCAUGAUCAUCGCGCUGGGUGGUGUCAUCGUGGCCUCGGUACUGGUCUUCAUCUUCGUUCUGCUUAUGCGCUACAAGGUGCAUGGUGGCCAGCCCCCAGGCAAGGCCAAGGUACCUGCACCUGUCAGCAGUGUUUGCUCCCAGACCAACGGUGCCACACCGGCCCUCUCUGCCCCUGAGCCCGCUGCACCCAGGGCCCACACUGUGGUCCAGCUGGACUGUGAGCCCUGGGGGCCCAGCCAUGAACCCACGGGACCCUAGCUUCAUGCCCACCACUAUGACUUUUCUGGCCCAAGGGAUGGCAGGACCCAGGUACCCUGUGGGACCUGGCCUCAGACUCACCAAAUUGUUCAUGGUUUUUAAAACUGAUGGGGAGGGUGGCAGGGGCACUGGGGCACAACAAGAAAGUCAUAUUUUUCUAA